GAGUAAUAUGGCAGUGGAGCACACAUGCUGCGGAACCGAAUUCUUCCUUCAGAUUGUAAUAAUUGUGCUGCUGGUGCUGUUCGCGGGCCUCAUGUCCGGCCUCACUUUGGGCCUCAUGUCCAUGAGUCUCGUCGACCUCGAAGUUGUGGCCAAGUCCGGCAAACCCAAGGAUCGCAAAUACGCUGAAAGGAUACUACCAGUUGUUAGAAAUCAGCAUCUGAUACUCUGUACACUGCUAAUUUGCAAUGCGGCUGCCAUGGAGGCACUCCCUAUUUUCCUGGAUAAGCUGGUUUCAGCACUGGGCGCUGUUCUUAUUUCAGUCACCCUGCUUCUUCUAUUUGGUGAGAUUAUACCGCAAUCCGUUUGCACUCGAUACGGCCUGGCAAUAGGCGCUACAGUGGCUCCAUUUGUCCGCAUACUUAUUUGGAUAUGCUUCCCGGUCGCCUAUCCUAUAAGCAAGAUUCUAGACUGCGUGCUGGGUAACGGACAUGUUGCACUUUUUCGCAGAGCUGAGCUGAAAACACUAGUCAAUCUGCAUGGCAAUGAGGCUGGGAAAGGAGGAGAGCUAACCCAUGACGAGACAACAAUCAUUGCUGGAGCACUUGAGCUCACAGAAAAAACAGCUAGUCAUGCAAUGACUCCCAUUUCCCAAACUUUUGCUAUUGAUAUCAAUGCGAAGUUGGACCGGUAAAUUAUGCAAACCCGGUUUAAUUUUCUGAGGAAAACUGGUCUUCUAUCCCUAUUUAUCAUUAUUAUUGUUAAAAGAUAGUAGUAUAUAUUUGACUCACAUC